AUGGAUCAUCAGACAGAGAAGCAGGUUAAAGAUGAGGAGGAGGAGGAGGAGUCUCAGGUGGUGGAACCAGAAAGCAAAGAUGAUGAUGAAGAGGUUUUUCCUGAUGGUAUGAAGGUUUUGGCUGUUGAUGACAAUAUUGUUUGUCUCACAAUGCUUCAGGCUAUUCUGCACCGUUGCCGUUAUAAAGUUAAGGUUGCCUCGGAUGGAGCCAAAGCACUUAAACUACUACGGGAGGAAAAAAACAAUUUUGAUAUCGUGAUUACUGAUGUUCACAUGCCUGACAUGGAUGGUUUUAGGCUAUUGGAGAUUGUUAGUCUAGAAAUGGACAUACCUGUAAUUAUGAUGUCUGUAAAUGAUGACAAGAACAUGGUGAUGAAAGGUAUAAAGCAUGGGGCUCGGGACUACCUGAUAAAACCUAUUCGAAAGGAAGAGAUCCAGAAUAUAUGGCAACAUGUGAUUAGAAAAAAUUUAUUUCAACCCAAUGAAUCAUUUUUCAAAAAGGAAAUUGCAGAUCAAAAUUCAAAGUCUACUAAAAGGCAAAGAGCAGAAAGCAAGGAGAAAGAAAACAUCCUAAACAAUGACUCUGGUGAAGACAGUUCAACAAAUAAAAAGCAAAGGGUUGUUUGGACUCCUAAACUACACAAAAAGUUCAUUGAUGCAGUUCAAGAAAUAGGAGUAGAUAGUAAGUAUUGUUUGUCUAAACAUCAUGUAUUUAUAUAAUCAUUUGAUUCAUGCUACAAUUUAGCGAAAUAUUUUUUAUCCACAGAAGCUGUUCCUAAGAGGAUACUUGAACAGAUGAAUGAAUCAGAGCUUUCUCGAGAAAAUAUUGCAAGCCAUCUUCAGGUGAGUUCAGUCUUGCAAUGUCUCUUGUAUU